UCAAACACCAACUUUUCAUCUUUGCUCUUCAAGACAGUUAAGCUGUUUUAGCGGUUUUUCCUCUCCUCUCUUUUCUCUCUCAUCUUCAGAUCUUCGUGUUCCUUUGCCGGCCGAAGGAUUCGGAUAUUGAUAAAAUCGCUCUUAACCGGACAAGGGUUAUACCGAGUUAAACUGAAGAAGAUGAAAUCAUGGUUCCCAUCUUAUAUGACAGCAACCAUUUUAUGGGUAUUAACAUGGGAAUCAUUUCCAAAAAUAAAUGCGCAAAUGAAAAGAGCAAGAACGUCACAUGUCAUGCGAAAUUUUGAUUAUUUUCCUACUGAACUGCAGUUAUAUGAUCAUUGCAAAUCAUCUUUUGAUUGUCUACUUUUCAUUGCUCAUAGUCAUUGUGAUUGGAGUUCUAGAACAUGUGUUUGUCAAAAUUAUCACGUAGCUUUUAAUAAUACAAUGUGCUUACCUGCAUCAUUGUUAGGAUAUGGUUGUAUAACAGAUCAACAGUGUAGGAUAAAAGUUCCUCACAGCCGUUGUGUAAAUGGAUUGUGCGAAUGUGAGGAAAAUUACAUUAGACUAAGAAAAGACAGGUGCCUACCACCUGCUAAAGUGGAUGAUUAUUGUUUAUAUGAUCAACAAUGUCAACUGGCCAGCAGUUACAGUUACUGCAAAUACAUCAUUCCGAGGAUUUAUGGAAAAUGUCAGUGCCCAAUUGGUUAUAUGGUAACUGAGGAUAAUGAUUGCUUACCUUAUUUAGGAAGUAGCUGUUUGAAUCAUAAUGACUGUGAGCGAAUAACACCUAAUUCUUAUUGCCUAAAAUCAGGAGGGACAGCAUAUUGUGAUUGCAGAGAUGGCUAUGGUUUAUCUUCAAAUAAAUUACAAUGUGAAUUAAUACCAGAAACACCCCCCGAAGAUGAACUUCGAAUUGCUUGUGACCCUUCGAAUAAAGACUGUAAUGUUAUUUCACCAAUUUCAUUGGGAAAAAGCUGUACGAGUUCAGCUGAAUGUAAAGCUAGAGAUCCUUACAGUAUUUGUAGAAAUGGUACUUGUGAUUGUGAAGCUCCUGAUGAAACAUGCAAUGCUCAGAAACCUGGUUGCUUUGAAGAUUCUUUCCAAUGUCGAAACGGAUAUUGUAUUUCAUGGUACUAUGUUUGUGAUGCACGUCAAAAUUGUCCUGAUGGUAGCGAUGAAGAUGAAUGUGAACCAUUUAAGUGUCCUAAACAAGCUUUUCAAUGUGAUGAUGGUACUUGUCUUGCAAAAUCAAGUGUUUGUAAUGGCAGAUGGGAAUGUCCUGAUGGUAGUGAUGAAGCAAGAUGUUAUACUGGAAUUAAAUGUGAUAAAGACUCUUUCCAAUGCAAAAAUGGACAAUGCCUUCCACAAUAUGAGUUUUGUAAUGCAGUUCAAAGUUGUGCAGAUGGAAGUGAUGAAAUAGUUGAUGUUUGUGAGAAAGGUCUUAAAUGCCCAGAAAAUCAUUUUAAGUGUGAUAGCGGCCGAUGCAGAUCAUCAGCUAUACUCUGUACAGGACUAGAUGGAUGUGGUGAUAAUUCUGAUGAAACCCACUGUGAAGUUUGCUAUUGCAAAAAGCCAUAACUCCAACUGCCUUGGAUCUCUAUUGGAAGAUGUUCCUCAUUUAAUUUAUUUUGUGAUGUUCAUCUGAAUUGUGUUAAUUUAUGUUUUUAUCAUUCAUUGUUUUUGUUGGUAUUUUAUCACUGAAGGAUGUGUGGAUUGCUUUUAAAGCAUUUUGGAAUUUGAGAAGCUUGUAAAUAGCCAAAUAAAAGUUAUUUCAUCAAAUUGUAA